AUGUGUGAUGCAUUCAAUUAUGCAUUGGGGGUUGUCUUGACGCAAAAGAUUGGCAGGUUACCGCGAGUGAUUUACUAUGCUUCCACAACUCUAGAUGUUGCCCAAGCAAAUUAUACCACCACCGAGAAAGAGUUGUUAGCAAUUGUUUUUGCUCUUGAUAAAUUUAGCUCUUAUUUGCGUGGUUCACCUGUUAUUGUAUUCACUAACCAUGCAGCUCUGAAGUUUCUUUUAAAGAAGGCUAAGUCAAAGCCAAGGCUGAUAAUGUGCAUGCUCCUACUUCAAGAAUUUGAUAUGCAAAUCCAAGACAGGAGUGGAGAACAAAACUUAGUUAUUGACCACCUUUUUUCUUACGCUACUCCUUGGUUUGCAAAUAUGGUUAAUUAUUUGGUUGCUUCUGUUUUUUCUCCCACAGCAUCUCAUGCUCAAAUUGAUAAAAUUAAGAGCGAUGCUAAGUACUAUAUUGGGGAUGAACCAUAUUUAUGGAAGUUGUACAGUGACCAGGUUACCAGGAGAUGCAUUCCAGACCAUGAGAUUGACUUGGUCCUACAGUUUUGUCAUGCUUCUUCACCUGGCGGUCAUUUGGAAAAUCAAAGAAUGGAUCCCAGGGUGCUAGAUUGUGGUUUUUAUUGGCCCUCCAUCUUCAAGGAUGUGGAGAGGAUUUGUAGUACCUACGAGCGAUGUCAAAGAGCAAGAGGAUCACUUUCAUGGAAACAACAAAUGCCUCAACAUCCCAUGCUGUUCUGUGAGGUAUUUGAUGUUUGGGAUAUAGAUUUCAUGGGUCCCUUUUCUGUCUCUUUUGGUUUUUCAUAUAUCCUUCUAGUUGUUGAUUAUAUUUCGAAAUGGGUAGAAGCUAGAGCCACCAGGACUAACGAUGCUCGGGUUGUCGUGGAUUUUGUUAGAUCUCACCUCUUUUGCAAGUUUGGAGUACCUAGAGCCAUUAGUAGUGACCAAGGAACUCAUUUUUGCAACAGAGCAAUGCAAGCUUUGGUCAAGAAAUAUGGGGUGGUGCACAGAGUUUCUACACCAUAUCACUCUAAACCAGCAAGCACACAGCAUUGCCUAGAAAGCACCUAUAGGGAUGCCUCCCUAUCGGGUUGUCAUCUACCAAUUGAGAUUGAGCAUCGAACAUAUUGGGUUGUGAAGUCUUGCAACUUCUCUAUUGAUCAAGCUGGAGAGGAAAGGAAGUUGCAGUUGAAUGAAUUAGAUGAGAUCCGAUUGGAGGCCUAUCAGAAAUCGAAGUUCUACAAGGAAAGGACAAAGAAGUUCCAUGAUAGUUCAAUUAUUAGAAAGGACUUCAAGGUUGGCCAGCAGUCGAGAUCCAAAGUCCAUCCACAACUAAAAGCUUUAAGGUUAAUGGGCAUAGACUAA